UAGACAUAAGCCCAUAUUUUUAACAAGUACGACCUUUAAAAUGCUCUUUCAAAUGAUUCCGUCUUUAAAAAGAGUACCACAGACUCAAACACAAACCAAAAUAUCAUUCCGGAAUCGUAUCACAGUCGUUCGGCGUAUCAGUUUUUAUUUUAGAAUAUUUACAGACGAAUCAAUCAUGGCGAACAGGAAAUCAACAACAAAUGUUUUUAAUGUGACGCAUUCGCGUCUGUUGACAAUCUGUAUUCAUUUAGUGUAUUAUGAAUGAAAAUAUUCCAGGAGGAAGACAGAGAGCUUCCUCUGAAAGUGAUAUUUUAGAUGAAAAAGUAGUGCAAAAUGUUGGAAACCAUUCUUUGACCCUAGACCACCGAAAUUUUAGUAGAAGUUUUGGGAACAGUCUCUCUGAUCAAAUAAACUCAGAUGAGGAAAUAAUUAGUAGUGAAAAGGGUUAUUUUACAUUACAGACUAAGGAUAAGCGUCGUAAUAAACCAUUGUUUAAGUCCGUUAAAAAGUUGGUCAAUCGUAUUCGUCGUUCGGCUCAUAGUAAUUCGUCAACUGAUGUGAGACAGGAUAUGAAUGGAGCAAGGGGUGGUUAUAACCCUCAUUCCAAUGAAGGCAUACAGACAGAUUCUGGUGCAACUAUUAAGCGUGCACCAGAUUCUACUUCAAGACCCCUUAUUACUAGACCUAUGACUGUAGCUUUGCCGUGGAAGGUGUGUCCAGGAACAGUUGGAAUUCAAAACCAUGGCAAUACAUGUUUUAUGAAUGCAGUUCUUCAAUGCUUAAGUAAUACUGACGCUAUAACAGGGUAUUUUGCAGCAAAGCAACACAAAAAUGACUUGAAGACUAGAGGAUUUUCUAAAAAAUUCAGCAACAGUAAAAGUGAUUUAACUGAACAACUAGGGACACUUUUAGAAAGUUUAUGGUCAAAUAAUUAUUCUCCGGAUAUAUCAAGUACUUUUAAGAGUACUGUUGGAAAAUACAACAGUCAAUACAAAGGUUCAGCUCAACACGAUGCACAAGAAUUCCUUCUGUGGUUGCUAGACAGCAUUAAUGAAGAGCUUGCAUUAACAUCAAAGAAGAAGCAUAAAUCAACCAAGGGAAAAGAUUCUUCAGAUGAAUCCCUUGCUGAGGAAGUCCUUGCCAACAGUCAUGGAUGUUAUAUGUACAACAUGUUCCAGGCUAUUUAUAGAUCAUCAUUACAGUGUGCUAACUGUAGUAAACAGAGCAACACAUUUGAGAGUUACCUCUGCUUGUCUCUGCCCUUGCCUCACAAAACUAAAAGACCAGUAUUUGUGACAAUUGUCUAUCUGGAUGGAGACCCAAAACAAAUUAAAGUUGGUGUAGAAAUUGAUUAUCAAGAUACUGUCAGAGAACUGAGAGAAACUGUAGCAGAAAAUACACAGAUAGCAGUUUCACAGCUUGUCCUAUGUCAGAUUCAAGAGGAUGGAUUUAAAUGUACAUUCAGUGACGAUCAGCCUAUCAGUGAUAUAUCUGAGUCAGAGCUUGUCUGUGCUAUAGAGACAUUACCUUUACCAGUAUCAAAGAGUACAGAGUCACCAUACCUUCAGCUCAUUGUUGUGCAUACCAUCAGAGAAUCAGCUCCAAUUAAAUACACUAGAUUCAGUCCACCUCAAGUUCUGAAAGUUGACAGAGAUAUUGACUACAAAUCAUUACAAAAAGAAAUCUUGAAGCAUAUGGCAGAUUGUGUAAAGGAAGGUCUAUUAUCUCAGAAAUUGGGUAUUUUGUUUAAAAUUAAAGUUAUUGAUGGCAGUUCUGGUAAAGCUUACUUACAGCAGGAUGUAGAGAUGCCAUUGUUAACAAAUCUGGUAGAAAGGGCAAUGUCUAUGUGUAGAGAUGAGUAUGGACCUCAACAUCUUAAACUUGUGGCUGAAUGGGAACCUGCAGUUCAAUCAAGGGUUAUAGCAGAUGAAAAUAACAGAGUUGAUGAGCAUAAUUCUUAUAAACGAUUACGUCAGAGUUCUCAACAGCCAUUUAAAGUAUCAUUAGAUAACUGCUUACAGUUAUUCACCAAAGAAGAAACAUUAAGUGGAGAUGAUGCCUGGAAUUGUCCUCAUUGUCACAAAUAUCAACAAGCUGCAACCAAAACAUUAGGACUAUGGUCAGUUCCUAAUGUUCUAGUCAUACAUCUAAAAAGGUUCAGACAGGUUGGUGCUAGAAGAAAUAAACUAAAUACAUUAGUAGAUUUCCCUGUUAGAGGUAUGGACAUGUCAGAUCAUAUAUUGCACAGGAAUCAAGCUGGAAUUGACCACAGCAUUUAUGAUUUGUAUGGGGUCUGCAAUCACUAUGGUAACAUGUUAGGAGGUCAUUAUACAGCUUUUUGUAAAAAUCCCCUGGAUGGAAAAUGGUAUGAGUUUGAUGAUUCCAAAGUCAAAUCUAUUAGUGAAGCAGAUGUGAAGAAAUCAUCAGCCUAUUUAUUGUUUUAUCAGAAAAGAGGAUCAAAUUCAAAAAUAACAGAAGGAUUACAAAAUAGAACUCACUGGAUUUUCAAAUUAUGUCCUUCUCUUUCAAAUGUCAAUUCUAGUGACUUCAAAAGUGCUAAAGAUGGUAGUCCACAAGAUGAAAAUUUACUCAGUGUUCAGAAUUAUGAAAAUGAGGAAAAGGAAGGUUUAUUUUCAAGACAGAACAGUGGACGAAGUGAUUUGUCAUCUAAAAGUGAAGAGAAAACUACUAGUAAUUCGUCAAGUAGUUAUGUGGGGAAAUCUUUACCUCCAGUUCCUGCGGGACAUGUAUCUUCAAAACUAGUUCAUAACCCACCAAAUUCACAAGCACUGCCACCAGACUUGUUACAAAAUGCUUUAAGUCAAACUUCUAAGUCAAAAGAAACACAUUCUAACUAUAGUCAGAUGUCAACAAAUGGGGAGACUAAGCAUUGUAUUCCUGAUAGUUCGUUGGAUGUGAAUCUUAGGGUAAAACUACCUCCCAGUUCUGGGAAUAAGCAAUCUAACCUUAAGGUAGACUUGGUUGACAAGCCACCGUCUGGUAGGUCUAAUUUGUACAAUCGUCAGAAUGCCUACCCACCAUCAAAAUCAGAAAAAGUACCCCCAAUUCCACCUAGAACUGAACUCCCUGUAAAGAGUUAUACACAAAAUUACUCAAAUGGUGCACCACAAAGUUUUAGUGCUAAAGUUGAAACAUCUGACAUUAAACAAAGGCCACAAAGAGAUUCUAGUCAAAGAUCGAGAGUUGCUCGGAACGAUUCUGAGAUACAAAAAAGUAAGAUAUCUCAACAAGAUAAAGCAUCCUAUGAUGAACUUGACAACAGAGUUUAUUUAAAGGAUCCUUCACCUCAACAACAAAGGAAGCAAACACCACAACAAAAUAGGUCAAGAUAUGAUGACAUGGAUUCUAGAGUUAUUGUUAAAGAUCCUUCUCCACAACAAAGUAAGUCAAGAUAUGAUGACAGGGAUUCUAGAGUUACUGUAAAAGAUCCUUCUCCACAAACAAACAGACAGAUUCCUACCCACUGGUCCACUCCUCAGCCUCCCCGAAAAUGUACACAAGGUCAGCAGUCUUCAAAGUCGCCAUUUAAAAGACAAAAUUCAAUUCCUGUUAAAAGGAGUUCAAGUACUAAUAAUAGAUACUCAAGACUUCCUUCAUCCAGAUCUGAGGAAGAUUUGCACACACAAACAAUAGCACAACAGAGGGUAUACGAUGAGGAGAUAAAAGCUGUGAUUCCAUGUAAUAAAGGAGUUCACGACCUUAUCAGUACAUAUAACAGGAAGGUUUCAGACACUGAACGAGAUAGACCACCUGUAGCAACACUUAACAGGAGAACAGAACAGACAAGGUCUUCAAAGAGAGACGACUACAAAAGAAGUAUAAGUUAUCAAAAUGCCAAAAACAACAAGGAACAGUUUGAACCUUUAAUUCAAUUUGACCUACCAGUACAACAAGUUUCAAAUUCAAAUGAUGAUGUAUACAAUGUGAAGAAUAGACCACAGACAAAAAGAGGUAGUUAUCAUCAGAACCAGUCAGACAACUACUCAUCAUCCCAUAAUGGACUAGAGCAUGAUAGAAUGCCCAAAUCAAAAACGGAUGAUAAUUUAGCCUAUAAUACUCCAGGCUCUAGAAAACCUGUGUAUGAACCUAGCCCAUCAGAAUCCUCAUCUUUUUCCGAAGAUAAUAUGCCUCGUUACAAACCUCAGAAACAUUUCGUUGUGAAGCCUAAAGAAAAGGUCAAGUCAUUAAGGAAAGAGAAAAUGUAUUCACCUUGUAUGAAAGAAUCUUCUGUAUGAUGAAGUUAUUUCUGUUAUAAGAUUUACAAUGUGAAAUGUACUGGUACCUGAAUAUUUUUUUUUACAGUUUCAUGUCAGUGUUCUGUGUUUGAAAAGGUUCAGGAUCAUUCUUUGUGGGAUGAAAUAAUUACAAAUAGACAAUACUCAGAUCAAUGCACAAAUUAUAUCAAAGAUAUCAUAUAAUCAAUUUGACUACUUUUUCUUCUGACAGUAUUUAGAGGGUUUUUUUUCAGCCACAUUAUAAAUAUUUGAGUCUUAUUCUAAGACUUACAUGAUGUACAUUAUGAAAUAUGUUACAAAUGGUUGUUUCUGCAAUAUUUCUACUGUUGACUUUUAUCCCUUACUUUCAAUCUCAUAAUUUUGUUCUUCUUUACUGUGGACCUCUUAAAGAAAUGUACAUAAGUGUACAUAUGUGUUAGAUAUGGUGCUAAUCUUUUAUAAAGAUUGUGUAUUCUGUACAUUAUAUAAAAGACUAUUUAGUUUAUGAAACAGUAUAUCAGUAUAAUUUAUUUUUCUUCUGAAUGUUGAGCUUAUUCACUAUUUUUUCUGUUUUUUCUCUCCUGUAAAAUUGAUUUAAAAGUAGAUUUAUAGUAUUUAUUGCUUUUUGUAGUAUUGGUAUUAGUGUACCUUGAAGUAAACUAGGAUGAUGCAUUUGUUUGUAUUUAAGGCCAAGCAUCUCCCCAUUACAACUACUGCAGUGAUAUACAAAUUAUUUCAUAAAUCUAAUGUUGAGAUUGAAGUCCAUUUCAGAACAAAUAUGAUGUGAAGGGAUGGUGGAAUUUUGUAUUGUUUUUUUUGUAGAUAUAUAUCUUUCCUAACACAUCAUGAUAGAUAUUAAAUUUUUGUUUCAACAGAUUAUGAUUUCAUUUCUUCUCAGUUAUGCUUUAGUGGGUUAAAAUUUCAAUUUGAUGAUUUUUUUUAAAACACCAGUUUAAUUUAUUCUAUUAGUAAACUAUGAUUUAGCCUUGAUGAUAUUGUUGUUUAUAAUAUAUAGAGAUAAAAACAUAUGAGUAGAAGAUUUAAAUUAUGACUGAAAAAUGGCAGGGUUUACCUCAUGAUCAUUGACAAAAGUGGUCAAACUGAAAAAGUGUAUUGUAACAUAAAACUCCCAGGGGGUGGAAAAGGGGUUGGAUAUUGUGAUCACAGACUUUUCUUUAUUGAAGGAAAGACAUUCUUAAGCAAUUAUUUUAGAAUGCUUAGAGAGCAUUUGAGUAUUCUUAUAUAUGUGAAUUGUACAAGAUAUUAUAAUUAUUUGAUAUUGUAAAUAUGGACAGUCAUACAUGGCAUUAUCUGUAAAGAUCAUUGGUGCAAUUAUUUGUAUAUUUUCAUUCAUUGUAGAGAAGGCCAUUAAGCAAGUUACUAGUAAUUGUUGUUGCUUUGUAACGAAAACUGUUAUCUUAUAGAGUUCAUUAACAUUAAAUAUUGUGAUACUAAUUGUAUGACCUUUAAUCUUAGAUUUUGAAGGGCACUACAUUAAAGACUAAGAUCUAUGAUCAUAUUCAGUAGAUCUAUUAACAGGUAAAAUUGUAAAUUUCAUUUAAAUCAUUUGGACAACUGAUCAUUUUCAUUGAAAUGCAAAGAAAUAUUGUCAUUUUAUGGUCUUAGUAUAAGAAAAAGAUUUUUUUCUUUUCAGGAAAAGGACUUUAUUUUCAUUAAAUGUAAUUGAUUAUUUUAAUAAAUUACUUUUGUAGUGAUGUUUUGAUUGACCAUUCCAUAUCUGUAUGAUAGAUUGGUUGUGAGGUUAAUAUUUGAUUUUUUAAAUGUUCUUAUUUAUAUACAUAUACAUUACACCAUUCCAAGUGAGAUAUAUGUGAGUAAGUCAUGUACAUAUGAGUUUUAUUUUAGAAAAUCAAAAUUUGUUAGAAGUUGUUAUUGUUAAUUAUUAUAGAACUUUUUGUUUUAGUCAACUUUUGAUAUGUGAGGAAAUUUAAUUGAUCUGCAAUUGAAGAAAAAUAUUUUAGUUUUUAUUUCUUGGUAGAUUUAUUAAUAAGGAUUGUAUGCAGGUGAAUAACGAUUAAUUGUAUCAAAAAUAACUUCUCCACAUCAUGAUUUAUGAUGAAAUGUUAUUGUAAUGUGAAUUAGGCCAUAUUAAAAACUAUUUGGUUCUCGGAAUAAAUGUUCAUGGCAUCUUUUAAUUUUCACAGUAAGAACUGUAUUUUAAAGAAACAUGAAGAUAUUUCUUGAUAAAUGAUUAAAAAUAACAGCUUUAUUCUACUUAUUUUUGGUUUUGCAAAUGCACAGUGUGGAUUUUAAGAUGCUGUGCUCAUGAGUACGCAUCAUACUGACCCAUAUUUAUAUUUCAGUUGUUUGUGAACCAAGUAAUUUUUAUUUGUCCUUUUAAGUCUUGUGCCAUAUUGUGAUAAUUUUAAGUGAUCAUAUGCAAUUGUUAUAAAGAAAUAAGUUGUAUAUUUUAAUUUAGUUCAGUAUUGUUUAUUUUUAUCUUGCCUGUAAAAUCUAACAAUUUCUAUUUUAUUAUUUACAAAUAAUUACUAAUUUAUGUAUCUUCUAUCCAUCAAAAUGUUUAUAUCUGAAGAAUUAUUCACUUCAAUAUUUGUACAUACUUCUUAGGAAGAUUAUAUUACAGUUUAUAAUAAAAACAUAAGGUGUCAAAGAUUAACACUCAGAUUUGUUUAUAUGGAUGUUUUUGUACUACAUAUCUUCUAGUUACGGGUAAUGGAAAAGUCUGAAAAAUUAGAAAAUGAUUUCGUUGGUUAAUUGUGGCAUUAUUGUGCAACAUUUUUAUUUCAAUAUAGCUAAUUGAACUUAUAUAGAGCAGCCAUGACAUCUGAGCAAACUGUAAAGGCUGGUGUUGAAGUCAUAAAACUUUGCUCAGUGCUCGGAGCACAAAAAUCAUGCUUGAAACAUGAAAUCCAGCAUUUUGAUUGGUUGAUUCUCAAGUCUGAGUACACAAAUUGUGCUCAAAAGUUUUAUGAACACAAGGCCUGAUGUUGAUAAACAGCUCCAAGCAUACUAUUUGAUUUAGCAUGUGACAUCAUCAUUAGCCAAAUGUCUUCCCUUGGCAGCUAUAAACUGACAGUUAAUAUUCUCUUGAACUGCUUUGCCCUGGUGUUACAUCUUUUUUCUUUUUUUUUUAAACCAGGGCAUUUAAGAAAAUAUCUAACAUAUACUUUUCGCCAGUUUGCCUUAAAGCUUAUAAAAUAUUGCUACGAUAUCUAUACAGACUUCACACCACAAUUAUUUUGACUACUAUUUUUGUAAAAAUAAUAACACUUUAGAGAGUUAUACUACAGUUUAAAUCAUAUAACAAUUGUUAGACAUUUUCUCUGAAAAAAAGUUGAAUGAUGAGAGGAAAAUUCUGAUAUUGUCUUGAAACAUUAAUUCUCCUAAAAUAAACCAAGAAAUACAUACUUUAUCAAAUAAAAAACAAGAGAACAAAAUCAGGAAGAAAUAAUCUAUAUUUAGAACAUCACAAGCAAAGGGAAAAAAUUGAGGUUUGAAGUCUUAUAGUUAUCUAACAUGAUAGUCAGGAUACUACAAAAAAGAAGAAUUACUUGAAUUCAUGAGCAAGACAAGCAAUACAGAUUCUUCUUAUCAUCUAGUUCUGCUAUUAAAACUAAUGUGUUAAUUUCAAGAACAGCACAUUAAUAAAUUUAUUUUUAGUGUGUAAAAUAAUAUGCAAAAAUAGAAUUGCAUUUUCUUCAUUAUGGUUUUAAAUGAACUAAAAAUAUGCUUAUUUCUCUCUGUCAAGCUUUAUUUGAUAUUAGACCAAUGUAGGCUCAUUUUCUUUUUAUUGUCAACACACACUGGAAUGUUGUUAUUCAUAGAAACAAGUGCUUGUAUUAGAAUCAUUGAUCAUUGUAUAUAGCAUACAUAUUAUUUUAACAUUCACAUAUCUAUCAUAUCAUAUCUAUUUACUUGUUUAUUUUUAUGGGGUUGUGUUUAUUUUAUUUUUAUUUUUAGUUGAUAUAUCUAUAUGAUACAGUUGACGGAGUUGUACUACUGUUUUAAGUUUAUUGAUUGUAAAAUCAAAAUUAUUUAUUUCUUUGAUAGAAAAUUUAAGUAUAUGUUUAGAAUCAGAAGCAACACUAUUGGUUAGCAUGUAAUACAGUUUAAGAUUAAGACUGCAAGAUGUUUCUAAAAUUCUUUACUCAUUGAAUUAACUCAAAAUUGCAUAAGCUGAAAGAUGUUCUUUUUUUAAAGAAAAAAAGUUAUCAUAAUAGAAUUGUAUUGGCAGCUUUAACAAAAUUAAGAAGGGAUUUUUUAAAAACUUUUUAUCACUAUAAUUUUUGAUUUUGUAAACAAAGAUAUUUUAAUACUUUAUAACACUGAAUAUCAUCUUUUAUCAUUUAGUUUUACUGAUUAAGUAAAGGUGUUUUAUAAUUUUCAUUUUUUUUAUGUAACUUUUAAAUGAUUUAUUUUGAUUUGUUAAUUUUAUUCCAAUAUUUAAUAAGAAUUAUACAAUACAAAUCAUUCCAAAUUACACACAGAUUAAUAUGAUAAAGGCAAUACUAAUCAUGAAUCAGAUUAAUUGUUUACACUUAUAGAUCAGGAUAAUGUUUAUUCAUACAAAUGGGGACCAUGUUUACCUAUAAAGAUCAGAAUCAUGUUUAAACAUAUAUUGCAUGAUCAUGUUUAUACAUACCUAUCAUGAUCAUGUUUAUACAUAUCUAUCAUGAUCAUGUUCAUGUUUAUACAUACCUAUCAUGAUCAUAUUUGUGCAUACAGGUCAGAAUAAUGUUUACACAUAAAGAUCAUGAUCAUGUUUAGACAUCCCAAUUAUGAUCAUGUUGAUACAUAUAGAUCAUGAUCAAGUUGAUACAUAAAUAUAAGGAUCAUGUUUAUACAUAAAGAUCAUGAUCAUGUUUAUACAUACAGAUCAUGAUGACCAUGUUUAUUCAGAUCAGGAUCAUGUUUAUGUAUUCAGAUUAACAUCAUGUUUAUACACACAGAUCAGGAUCAUGCAUUGUACAUGGCUUUUUAUUUGUAAUCAUUUAUUGUUAUUAUGUACACCUUAUUGAAUAAAAUGUUAAACUUUUUA